AUGCACGAAGAGGAACUUUUUGGUGUAAAAGAGGACAACAAGCAACGACUUGGCCUUCAGAGUCCAGAUGUCAAUGAUGAUCUUUGUCCUGAGCGUCAAGAGACAGAGCUCACCCUCAUUAAAGUGGAAGUGGAGGAUAAAGACACUCCCCACAUCAAAGAAGAGGUGGACACCAGCUCUGUUAAAGAGGAAGAGGAGCCCCUGCCCUUCUACAAUAAAGAGGAGGAGCUAAUGCUUUCAGACAUAAAGGAAGAAGAGAUGGAAGAGAUUGUCACCAAGUUGGUAGAUGAAGAUUGUCCGAGUGAGGAGAGCAGCAGCUCAAGUCAACACAUAACAACAGAAGGCGAGAAAGACCAUUGUAAAGAUUCACAAGAAGAUGGCCUCUUAGCUCCAAUAUCAGAUGAUAAUGACGCAGAGUCACAUUCUCCUCACACUGAUGAUGAUGAGGAGCAAUCUGAAGGUGAUGCGACAUGUUACACUGACAAAAAAUGUAAAUGCUCUCAUUGUGGGAAAAAAUUGAGCUGCAAGUCUAGUUUGAAAAUACACAUGAUCAGCCACACUGGUGAGAAACCCUUUUCCUGCUCAGUUUGUGGUCAAAGAUUCGCUCUUAAAGGAAACUUAAAGACACACAUUAGCACGCACACAGGCACAAAACCUUUUGUUUGCUCAGUUUGCGGUAAAACAUUCUCCAAUAAAAGAUAUUUAAAAUUACACUCAAAAAGACAUACUGGUGAGAAACAUUUUGCCUGCCAACUUUGCGAUCAAAGAUUUUUUAUAAAGGGGAACUUAAAAGCACACUUAAGAACGCACACAGGCGAAAAACCUUUUUGUUGCUCGGUUUGUGGGCAAAGAUUCUCCGAAAGAGGAAGCUUAAAAACGCACACAAGAACACACACUGGAGAGAAACCUUUUGCCUGUUCAGAUUGUGGCCAAAGAUUCUCUCAAAAGGGAAGCUUAAAUACACACACAAGAAUGCAUACGGGGGAGAAACCUUUUGCGGCGUGUUUAGAGAGCAAGGGAGGUAGCAAGAAACAAAAUACCUCCCUGCUGCGUGCUGGGUGGAUAGAAUCCAAGGGUGUCGUCAAAUAA